AUGGGAUGUUGUAUAAAGAAACCAUCAGUUCGCCGGGAACCAAAAGAGGAUGGCAGAUCUCCAGAUAGGGCCUCCGAAGCAGUGGGAUAUACACCUUCACGUAGGGAUCUUCCCCCUGUUCCUAUUGUGCCUAGCCGCCCAGAUGCUGUUAUUGUUCGUGCACUGUAUGAUUUUGAGGCCAUCACUGAAGAAGACUUGUCUUUCCAAAAAGGUGACCGACUUGAAAUUGAAGAAACUGGACAAAGUUGUGAUUGGUGGGUUGCUUAUCACUUGACUACCAAAAAAAAAGGUUACAUUCCAAGUAAUUAUGUGACCAAAGAUGAUAAUUCUCCACAAGCCCAAGAUUGGUGGCAAGAUCUUGACAGGAAGGAAGCAGAUAAACAACUUCUCCUCCCUGGAAAUGUCCCUGGCACUUUUCUUGUGCGCUACAGUGGAGAUAAACAAACUUAUGUAUUAUCUGUGCGUGAUUAUGAUCAGGAAAAUAAUGAUAUAUCAGUCAAACACUACAGAAUUCGCACUUUAGACCGAGGAGGAUAUUUUAUCAGUCCUCGCCGAACUUUUAAUGACAUGAUAGAAUUAAUUAACAAAUAUUCACAACAGGCUGAUGGUCUGUGUUGCCGAUUAACAAAAGUGUGUCCUAAAGAACGACCUAUUGUCCAUUUCCGAGAAAUUGAGGUUAGCCGAGAAUCUGUGAAACUUUUAAAUAAACUUGGUCAUGGCUGCUUUGGAGAAGUUUGGCAAGGUAAGUGGAAAAAUUCAGUGGAUUGUGCUGUGAAAAUGCUGAAACCAGGCACAAUGUCCCCUGAGGCAUUCCUUGGAGAGGCUCACAUCAUGCAUAAAUUACGACAUCGAAAACUGGUGCAACUGAUUGCUGUCUGUAGUACUACAGAACCAAUCUACAUAAUUACAGAACUUAUGUGUAAUGGUGCACUGCUGGAUUACCUAAGAAAAAAUGAAUGCAGCCCCAAUCGACUUACCAUCCAAACUUUGGUGGAAAUAGCUGCUCAGGUCUCUGAUGGAAUGGCUUAUUUGGAGAAUAGUAAUUUUGUACACAGAGAUCUCCGAGCAGCCAAUAUUUUAGUUGGAACCAAUAAUACCGUGAAAGUGGCAGAUUUUGGGCUGGCACGGUUAAUUUCUGAUGAAAUAUAUGAAGCUCAGGAAAAUACGAAAUUCCCUAUAAAAUGGACAGCUCCAGAAGCUGCAUUUGAACGAAAAUUUAGCAUAAAAUCAGAUGUGUGGUCAUUUGGUGUUCUGCUGUAUGAAAUCAUUACUUUUGGACGUGUACCUUAUCCAGGAAUGACUGGAAAUGAGGUGCUCCACAAAGUGGAUCGUGGCUAUCGAAUGCCUAAACCAACCAAUCCAAGUGAAUGUCCAGAUUCUUAUUACGAAGUGAUGUUGCUUUGUUGGAACCAGAAUAUUGAUUCACGUCCUACAUUUGCAUAUUUGCAUUCCUAUUUUGAUGACUAUUUUGUCUCAGUAGAACCAAAUUAUGUUGGAUGA